UUUAAUUGUAAAAAUAAGCCAGUCCCUUUCUUCCUAGUGAAGUGGGAGAAACGGUUUACACUGUCCGACCAGAAACACUUCCGUUCUCUGGGAAUCCGGCUAGGGGGCGCCGCUAGAUUCCAUCCUGUUUCUCCGAUGAAAGUAUCAGAACUCUCAUCACCUGCAAAUCUGGGGGAAAAUGCAGGCGCGCACAGAGAGCGUUUCGGGCAAAGACGGCCUUUAAGCUUUUCCUCACUAAGCGUGCGGCUCUCUAGUGAAACAGCAGCUAGCUCUGGAAAGGACCUUGCACGGUGUCGAUGACAUCACUUCCGGGCGCUAGGUUCGGGUUUUCUCCCGCAGCAGUAAGAGCAGUCGACAGUCUUUACUAGGGAAAGGAGAAAAGUGCUGGCUACUACCGCCCAAGAGGAAGGAAUUAUCUAUAGAGUAAGUAUGCUAAUCUUGAAUAAGACAGCAGGAGUUUUUUUAAAACCAUCAAAAAGGAAAGUUUAUGAAUUUUUAAGAAGUUUUAAUUUUCAUCCUGGAACACUAUUUCUUCACAAAAUAGUAUUGGGAAUUGAAACCAGUUGUGAUGAUACAGCAGCUGCUGUGGUGGAUGAAACUGGAAAUGUGUUGGGAGAAGCAAUACAUUGCCAAACUGAAGUUCAUUUAAAAACAGGUGGGAUUGUUCCUGCAGUAGCUCAACAGCUUCACAGAGACAAUAUUCAACGAAUAGUACAAGAAGCUCUUUCUGCCAGUAGAAUCUCACCAAGUGACCUCUCAGCAAUUGCAACUACCAUAAAACCAGGACUUGCUUUAAGCCUGGGAGUGGGCUUAUCAUUUAGCUUACAGCUGGUAGGACAGUUAAAAAAGCCAUUCAUUCCCAUUCAUCAUAUGGAGGCUCAUGCACUUACUAUUAGGUUGACCAAUAAAGUAGAAUUUCCUUUUUUAGUUCUUUUGAUUUCUGGAGGUCACUGUCUGUUGGCAUUAGUUCAAGGAGUUUCAGAUUUUCUGCUUCUUGGAAAGUCUUUGGACAUAGCACCAGGUGACAUGCUUGACAAGGUGGCAAGAAGACUUUCUUUAAUAAAACAUCCAGAGUGCUCCACCAUGAGUGGCGGGAAAGCCAUAGAACAUUUGGCCAAACAAGGAAAUAGAUUUCAUUUUGACAUCAAACCUCCCUUGCAUCGUGCUAAAAACUGUGAUUUUUCUUUUACUGGACUUCAACAAGUUACUAAUAAAAGAAUAAUGAAAAAGGAAAAAGAGGAAGGUAUUGAGGAGGGGCAAAUCCUGUCUUCAGCUGCAGACAUUGCUGCCACAGUACAGCACACAAUGGCAUGUCAUAUUGUGAAAAGAACACAUCGGGCUAUUCUGUUUUGUAAGCAGAGAGACUUGUUACCUCAAAAUAAUGCAGUACUGGUUGCAUCUGGUGGUGUUGCAAGUAACUUCUAUGUCCGCAGAGCUCUGGAAAUUUUAACAAAUGCAACACAGUGCACUUUGUUGUGUCCUCCUCCCAGACUGUGCACUGAUAAUGGCAUUAUGAUUGCAUGGAACGGUAUUGAAAGACUACGUGCUGGCUUGGGCAUUUUACAUGACAUAGAAGGCAUCCGCUAUGAACCAAAAUGUCCUCUUGGAGUAGACAUAUCAAAGGAAGUUGGAGAAGCUGCCAUAAAAGUACCACAAUUAAAAAUUGAGAUAUGAUUUCUGCUGUUCAAAAAAGUCCCUAAAGGGUCUCACUCUUGGACCUCGGCUAGUAGCAAGAGAUCUACAGUAGCAAGAUCACAACUCACUGCAACCCUGACUUCCUGAACUCAAGCAAUCCUCCUGCCUUAGCCUCUUGAAUAGGGACUACAGGUGUGCAUGUCCAUGCCCAGCCAACUUUAUUUCUAUUUUUUGUAGAGACAGGCUCUUGCCAUGUUGCCCGAGCUGGUCCUGAACUGCUGAGUUCAAGUGAUCCUCCCACCUUGGCCUCCAGAAGUGCUGGGAUUACAGGUGUGAGCCACCAUGCCUAGCCAAAAUAUUUCUUAAGUAUACAUUUUGGGUCUUAGAAGACUUAUACAUUUGUAAUAUUUAUUACUAAAUAUCUCACAGUAUUAUAAUAAAUGUUACCAUGUGAGCUACUUUGAAUCAGGCCUCUUGCACGGCAAUUUAAAAAUGUUAACUCUUGAUAUAUACACUAGUUAUACCACUCAUGUCAGUCGAUAAAUUUUAAGGUUUAAGUGCAGGCCUUCUUUUACAGAAAUCCUACUUAUUAUUUGAAACCAUAACUCUGACCUGAUAUUAAAUUCCCGUAGACAUGCUAAGGAAAGUCUGCUUAGUAUCGAGAUCAAGAACUUCCAUUCAAAAAGAUUAUUCAGUUACGUUAUUUGCAUAUUACCACUAUUAAAAAUAAAAAUUUUUAAAA